CUGGGACGAGUCACUCUGCACAGAAGCCUCGUCCGUUCAUCUCCUCCCUCUGUUUCUCCACCCCUUCCCCUUCUCUCGGACUCUCUCGAUCCUUGCUCCUCUUUCCCUUGCGGCGACGACUGGGCGAGCGGCGGCGCCAUUUGUUACGUCUUCGUCCAGCCCCUUUGCCGGCGACGAGCAUCCUCCAGGUAAUUUUCUUGUCUGUAGCAUAGACAAGAUGGUUAAUGCGAUCAAGGGGUUGUUCAUCUCCUGUGAUAUACCUAUGGCACAGUUUAUUGUUAAUCUGAAUGCUUCAAUGCCGGCAUCAGAGAGGUUCAUCGUGCACAUGCUCGAUCCUACACACAUGUUUGUUCAGCCCCAUGUGGUAGAAAUGAUCAGAAGCAAGAUAGGGGAGUUCAGGGACCAGAAUAGCUACGAGAAGCCGCAGUGAAGGAUCAUCCCACCUCGCAGUUUGCAUUGUUUCCCUCCCUCCCAAAGAUGCAUACCUUGCACUCAAAUCUGCGCACCUGCUAUAGAAUGGUUGGUUGGAUGGCAUUGCCAUGCCUCACCCUGUCACCCGUGAUGAUCUAGAAUAAUGUAUGUAUUCGUGUUUCUAGUCUCAGAAGCAGCUGUAUUUCAGUGACUUAUUUGUAUCCGGAUUGGUCCUUUUAUCUGGCCCUUUGCCACUUGGCAACGCACUUGGUGGCGCCGAUAAAUUGAAAGUGCGUUGCCUGCUUAGGAAAGGGUAAGAUGUCUUGCAUGUAUUGCUGUUGUGGACUCGACUCUGAUGUUUGUGAGCUUUUUAUGAGUCGAUGGUUCCGUGAAAUAAAAUAAGUAGCACUAUUGUCGUCGUA